UUUGCUUCUUCAAAAAUGGCUGCCGCCUUGAUCUCUCGCAGAUUCAGACCCUUUCACUGUUCUUCAUCAUUCUCCUCCACAUACUUCAUCGCCCAUAAGCUCCAAAACCCUACUCCUAAACCAUUCACUCACCUGUCCAAUUCCACUUUCUCACAAACACCCUCAAACCCUUUCACAUCUACUUCAAACCCCAACUCCAUUUUCAAAGACUACAAAAGAACAGCACCAAAUCCAAAACCCUUCAAUGAAAAAUCCACUAAAGCCUUAGCCUUUGAUCCAUCUUUGUCUUCUUCGAUGCACCAAAGGGUUCUUGAUCCAAAACCCAAUAAUUUCAAUCUUGGUUUUACCGAAUUGAACACUCCCAGAUUUAAAUGGCCGUCGGGUAAUAGACCCAGAUUUCUUUCAACCUCCGGUUCAUCAGAACCUGAGAAACCCCAAAACCCAAGUCAGUACCCAAGUCAAAACCCAAAUUUCAAGCACCAAGAAAUCGAAGGACCGACUGUGGAGCGAGACCUCUCUGAUUUGGGCAAUGAGACCCGAACAGUCCUUGAAGUGAUGGCCAAGAACAUGUAUAGUUUGAGCAGGACUGUGGCUGUUCUGGGUUUGGUUCAGCUCGGCCUGGGAGCUUACAUUUCAUACAUGACUCGGUCUUCGCCAAUACCUGAAGUAUCAAUUCAGAGCUUUUUGGCAUUCGGGUUUCCCUUCUCUUUGGCGUUCAUGUUGAGGCAGUCUCUGAAGCCAAUCUACUUCUUUAAGAAGAUGGAGGAGCAAGGUAGGCUGCAGAUUCUGACUCUUGCUCUUCAGGUUGCUAAGAAUUUGAAUGUUUUCUUCAUUCGGGUUCGUGGGGUUUCUGUCUUGUGUAUUGCUGGUUUGUCAGCUGGAGUUUUGUUCCAACUUGCUUACAAGUUGACUUGAUUUUUGUAUGAGAUUGUUUUCAUCACUUGUGAUAGGAUUAUUAUGAAUCUAUAAAUCAUAUGGAGAUUGACAUUGCAUAUUGUCUAGAUGCUUUUGGCUACUUGGCAUUUCAAUUU